AACUAUUAAGUAUACUAUGGCUUCCUCUCACUGUCAUCAAAAACAUGACAGAUAAAUUAUUUCCUCCAAAUGGCCCUUAGUUAAGGGUGUGGGUGCAAAGUUGCUUGUCUGUUGGCCUGUGAUGGACUGGCGACUUUUCCAGGUUUCACCUCCUGCCUAAUGGGUGCCGGAGACAGAUUUCAGCCCCGCCUCUAUGACAAGGACAAGUAUACAGACGAUGGAUUCUCUUGCAUCGUCUAUUCCCGAGAUAAAAUAGUUUUUUCUUCCAAACAAUGUAGGAACAUUUUAAUUACCAGAACUACUCUUUGCUUUACCAGCUUAAAAUACAAGAAUUUUGCCACUUAAACCCCGUGGCUUCAGUCUUUCUGUUCCCCCGUGGUAAAACUUUUAUAGUUCAGAAUAUUACAUGAUAGCAUGAUCCCUAUACUAGUUUUUGUUUAGUUGGACCACACUGCCACCUGCUGACUACAAUAUACAAUUUUAUUUAUUAACACCUGGCGUUUUAAACUGCAGGUUUAAUCUUUGGGUAAAACAAAAUAAGGUAAUUCUAAAAUAACUCAUAGCGGUAAGAAGUAAUCUGUUUAGCAUUUAAUGGGGGCAUGUUAAACAUGUUUCCAUGGCAUAAACUUUUACAUUUUAGAACUUAGUAGGAUUUUAUUAAAUGGAGCUCAAUUUGAACCACUCAUGUCUGAACGCGUCAUAUGAGUUUUAAAAUACAAUGUUAUGUUUGCAACAGGAAAACCCUUCUUUAAAUCUCUUCAGACACUACAAAUAAAAUGUCCUCUUUGUUGUAAUGUACUGUUAUAAAAUAAGCUUUUUGUGCUAAAAAAAAUAGAGGAAAAAAAGGUGAAAAAACAGAUGCAAGGUCACAGGUUAUUAACUAUUGACAAAAUGAACAAGAGUAUAAACUGAGGAUAGCUUAAAUAUCCACAUUAAAGAUGUGGUAAUUAACAUGCAAAUGAAAUGUUGAUUUAAAAAAAAACAUAAAAACAAGGAAAUAGGAAGUCAGUGUUACUGAACUAGUUGAUGUUGCUGCUGUUUUCACAUCGAUGUGGCUCUUUGUCUGAGUUUUCUUCUUAUUCUAACUCUGAUAACAGAUCAGUGCCUUUACAUUACAUUUUGCGUAUUAUAUGCAGACUUUUUUUUUAAUCAUCUUUGUGAUCCAAAGCUCUGAAAUUAUUCAGUUUUCAUUCAGAAUACAUUUGUAGACUUUUACUUUUUAUAUUUUAAAGAUGCCUAUAAAUUGACAUGUGUCUCCUUCACAGAAACAUGUUCCUGUAGGUCUUUUAAUAGUCUUUUUUUCUGCAGAGUUUAAAAGCAAAAACAGCAAAUUAUCAGUGAAAACAGUAGCUUCAGUCUGAAUGCUCGACCAAAAUAUUUUUGCCUUCAGCAACUAGUUUUUUUUUUUUUUCAUGUUUCAUAAAUAUGAGUGAUAUAACAUGCAAAACAUAUUUCACAGUAUCUUUUUCUUGCCAGGAAGCGAAAGUGUGAGAAGUGUGAGAGUGAAAGUGAUUAGUGACACCUAAUCACUAAGGUGUCAGUGAAGGUGGGAGCUUCAGUCAGUAUCCCCUGUUCUUAUGAUUUAUAAUACAAAAAUCAUGUGAAAUAUCUAUGCAAAGGAGGUUAUUGGAAUUUCUGCUCAUAUCAAGUUAGAACAGACUCACCACUGGAAACAGGAAAGUAUUCAAUCUCUGAUGACAAAAUUCAAAGAAUUUUCACUGUUACCAUAAAACAGUUAACAGCUGACACUUAUUACUGGUGUAUUGUGUAGAUUAAUAACGGAGCUGAUGACGGGCAGCGCUUUCAGCUGUCAAAGUGCUGGAAAAUAAAAUGUAUUAAAAUGCAGCUCUUUAUCAGUAAUAUUUAAUCUUAACCGCUGAUCAAUACUGAGGACAAAAAACAUUGUGAUGCGCACAUACGUAAAAAUCGCAUAUUUAAAUUGUUGAAGGGUAAACAGAGCUAGGAGUGGAUUACUAUAUGACUCAACCAAUUAAAUCUUUGUUUUAAAUUGUAAGUUUACGAACAACAACAGAAAUAAUUAAGGUCACAGCAAACCCUGCUGCUACAAGAUCCACUGAUCCAGGACUUGGAGAAAUCCCAAAUCAAUGGUAUUCUACAAUACAUGUUAACAAUAAUUAAAAGCUAAACGCUUUCAGUAUCCUGCCAUUUUCUGUACUUUAUAUUAUAGAUGCAUAUCAUAACUGUGGAAAAAGUAUCAUGUUGUAAAGUUGAAUCUACACUUUCUGUUUAAAAUAUGUGUUAGACUUUCUGUUGACCAAAAUAUCCACAUCAUCACUUUGGGUCACCUCGUUGUUCUGGUGGCCUUGCUCAUGUGGUUUAUUCAAAGAUGCAGCAAGUCUUGUUCUCUUCUUUCACGUCUUUGCUGUAUCAGUUUGGCACCGUGUUGUGUUUCAGUUUUUCAUUGCUUUAUGUAGUAUAACUGAAUGUUUUCACAGUAAAUAAGUGACAAUUUUUUUUCUCCAAUCAGAGAACACCAAAGAGGAUUUAACUGUCAACUCUGUUGUAAUUGUCUGUUGUGAAAUAUAUUGUGUGAUUAAAAAUCGAAGAAAAAGAAAAUGCUAAAAAAUAGGCAUUGCUCUUGUUUAGUUUGUGUCCCACUGACAAACUAAACAAGAGCAUAAACUGAGGGUAGCUUAAAUAGCCAUAAUAAUGAAUAUGUAAACCACAUUUUAAACAAACAUCAAAAACAAGGAAGUAGUGAGUCAGUGUUACUGAACCAGUUGCUGCAGCUGUUCGCACAUCGAUAUGGCUGUUUCCCUGAGUUUUCUUCUUAUUCUACUUCUGAUAUCAGGAAGUGAAAGUGUGAAGACAAUCACUAAGGUGUCAGUGAAGAUGGGAGCUUCAGUCAGUAUCCCCUGUUCUUAUGAUUUAAAAUACAAAAAUCAUGUGAAAUAUCUAUGCGAAGGAUUUUAUUGGAAUUACUGCUUACAUGAAGUUAGGACAGACUCACCACGGGAAAAAGGAAAAUAUUCAAUCUCUGAUGACAAAACUCAAAGAAUUUUCACUGUUACCAUAAAACAGUUAACAGCUGACACUUAUUACUGGUGUAUUGUGGAGAUUAAUAACGGAGCUGAUGACGGGCAGGACUUUCAGCUGUCAGUCACCAAAGAUACACCCAUCCUCUGGGUGGCAGAGCAGAAUGUGACUGGAUAUAUUGGCGACAAAAUAAACAUAAACUUUAACUACGCUACCUCUGGAGGAAUACAGUGGUGUAAGCUGGGCAGAACAUGUGUGACACAGGAAACUGGAGAAAUAGAUGGAACAGCAGUAACCAUCAACAAGGCUGCAGACAAUGUAUUCAGUGUAACUAUGAGUGGACUGAAGCAAGAGGACAGUGGUUGGUAUUACUGUGUCAAAGGAGAUUUUCAGAUGCCAGUUCACCUGACUGUGACUGUCAAACCCACUGUUGUAGAUUUGCGAACAACAACAGAAACAAUUAAGGUCACAGAAAGCCCUGCUGCUACAAGAUCCACUGAUCCAGGACUUGGAGAAAUCCCAAAUCCGCGAUCUUCUGUUGACCAAAAUAUCCACAUCAUCACUUUGGGUCUGCUGAGCCUAGUUGUUCUGGUGGCCUUGCUCAUGUGGUUUAUUCAAAGAUGCAAGAACACCAAAGAGGAUUUAACUGACCCCAAAUCAAAUAAAUGGGAAAUAGUUUUCACUGCUGUUAGUUUCAAAUUAAAAAGCACACCACAGAGUGAAGCAAAUGAGGAAUAUGUCACAUACAGCACAGUAGUUUACCAUAACCAAAAUAUUUAGAAUGCUCUGCUUUUUUCUCUUUAUUUCUUAUAAGAUGAAGAGUUUGUGAAAUUUUAUCUUUGUGCAUUGGGAUAUUUUCUGAGUGUAAAGUAUUGUUUUACUCAUGUAUCUUUUGUGAAUGUUUUUAUCAUCAAACAUGCUGCCAAAGACUUGCCUGAAACCUAGAUGAGCAAAAGGAAAUGAUGUAAACUAUGUGCAUAUUUUUAUUGUUGUUGUUGUUGCUGCUGCUUUUCUGUUCAAAUAUGACUUUGUUGUACUGUUUGUGUAAAGUUCAGUGAAUUACAUAAAUUGUGAUGAUGGAAUUAUUUGGAAUUAAUUUUGACCAGACCAAGACUGAAAUAAAAAAGAAAACACC